ACUCUUAAUUCGUAUCUGUAUUAUUCUAUACUCAACUUGUACUUGCCUCCUUUUAGCUUUUAAUUCACUUCUAUACAUACAUAAACUACAUAUAUAUAUUUUUAUAUUUUUUAUUUUCCAAUUUUACUACUUCUACUGGAAGUUGAAGCAACAAAUAACAGAUAGGUCUGCUGAAGCAAUUGAUUAAUAAAUCUGUUUGUUAUUUAUAUAUUUAUUUAUCUAGUAAUGCAUAUAUAAUUGAAGUUGUUUUGAUUAGUGAGGCACACUUUGUUUGAUACGCACUUGAAGAAUUCAACUCAAAUCUCUACAGGUUCUGGAUCUAUCACUUUGUUUUUGGGAGUUCAAUUGGUGUGGACACUAAUGGUUUAUCUUGGAUAAAGAAACUUCAUAAGUUAGUGGAAGGAGAUGAAUAUAUCUGGGCUGCUGACUUCUGCUGGAAUUAAUAUAGGUGUGUGCACGGUCCUGACUUCGCUGUAUUCAGUAUUGAGAAAACAACCAAGCAAUUUGAAAGUGUACUUUGGGCAAAGGCUUGCUCAGGUACAAUCAAAAGGUCAUGGCCCUUCCUUCUUUGAAAGACUUGUUCCUUCACCUAGCUGGAUAAUUAAGGCUUGGCAGACAUCUGAAGAGGAUUUGUUUGCGGUUGGCGGCUUGGAUGCAGCUGUUUUUUCUCGGGUAGUCAUAUUCAGUAUGAGGAUCCUCUCCGUCGCUGCAGUUAUUUGCAUUUUUCUUGUACUUCCUGUAAACUACUUUGGACAAUCCAUGCAUCAUAAGAAAAUACAAUUGGAGUCCUUGGAAGUCUUCACCAUUGGGAAUGUCAUAGAGAGAUCAAGAUGGAUGUGGGUUCAUUGUCUCGCAUUAUAUGUCAUAACUUUCUGUGCCUGUGCUCUUCUCUACAUAGAAAAUAAAAGUAUUACGAAGAUGAGGCUUGCAUAUAUUACUGGAUCUCCACAAAAUUUAGGCCGAUUCACAGUUCUUGUGCGUGCAAUUCCUUGGUCAGGGAAAUCAUACAGUGAUUCUGUGACCCAAUUCUUUACAAAAUACUACCCAUCGAGUUAUUUAUCACACCAAAUUGUGUAUCUCCCUGGUACUGUCCGAAAGCUUGUGCAUGAUGCUGAGAAGAUGUACAAUAUACUGAAGGCUCCUCGCAUAAGUAAGCAUUGUGGACCGAGUAUUGCAAGGUGUGGUCUAUGUGGAGUAACUGGAAAAUCUUUCAGGUUCCUUCCUGAUAGAUCAGCAGCAUCUGAAGAGAAACAGGAUUUUGAUGAUUUCAGCAAAAUGGAAUGUCCCGCCGCUUUGGUUUUUUUUAGAACUCGUUAUGCUGCUCAUGUUGCUGCCCAGACACUACAAUCCACAAAUCCUAUGCUAUGGGUCACUGAGAUGGCUCCUGAACCCGCAGAUGUCUUUUGGGCAAAUCUUUGUGUACCAUACAGAUUGCUUUGGGUCCGUAGGCUAGGAUCUCUUAUUGCUUCAAUUGCAUUCUUGAUCUUCUUCCUCGUGCCUGUGUCGGUUGUACAAGGUCUCGUCCAUUUAGACAAACUCAAGCAUUUUUCCUUCGUUAGGAAGUUGAGUGAACAGAGGAACUGGAUCUUUGAUUUGGUUACGGGGUACCUACCAAGUGCAAUGCUGACGUUAUUUAUUUUCUGUGUUCCACCAAUAAUGAUGGUUUUCUCAGCAAUAGAGGGCCCUGUUGCACGUAGUUGUAGAAAAAAGAGUGCUUCCAUCAAAGUUCUGUACUUUCUAAUAUGGAAUGUCUUUUUUGCUAAUAUUCUAUCAGGUUCUGUUUUACAGAGGUUUGAUAGAAUUUCAAGUCUUAAAGAUAUUCCUCUGCAGCUUGCCAAGGGAAUACCAUCAAUGGCUGUAUUUUUUAUGACUUAUAUAUUAACAUCUGGUUGGACAAGUUUGGCACUCGAACUGAUGCAACCAAUUUCCCUUUUGUUGCACUGGUUGGAUAAAUGCUUGUUUAGAGGCAAGCACGUUUUAUCUUGCGAGUCACAGACUUUUCCAUACCAGACAGAACUUCCACGAGUUCUUCUAUUUGGACUGCUUGGCUUCACUUCUUCGAUAACAGCACCUCUAUUGUUACCCUUCUUGCUGGUCUACUUUUUUUUUGCUCAUCUUGUAUAUCGUAAUCAGUUUAUGAAUGUUUAUGUCACAAAAUAUGACACUGGAGGACUUUAUUGGCCUAUUGCGCAUACUGCAGUAAUCGUCUCACUAAUGCUGAUGCAAGUAAUACUUUUGGGAGUCUUUGGGCUUAAAAAAUCAGCUGUUGCUUCGAGUUUCACCAUCCCGCUGAUCAUUUGCACUUUCCUAUUCCACUUGUACUGUAGGCAAAGGUUUCUCCCAGUAUUUAAAAGAAAUGUUGCCCGGGUUAUUAUGGAUAUGGAUGAGCAAGACGAGCACUCUGAAAAAUUUGAAGAGUAUCAUGAACAGUUGCAGUCAGCUGCAUAUUGCCAGUUCAAAUCUGAUAACUGUGAGAAUGGAACCUUGGAAGUAAUUAAUGAGCGUUUACGUUCAUCCUAUUGCUCCUUUAAAUCCACUACCUUGGAAUCUCCUUUAGCUUUACAGCAGGAGCAGUCUUAUAAUAGUGGUCAUGACAGGCUACAAGACCCUGAAGAUACAAAACCAGUUGACCGAUGCAGCCCAUCACCAAAUAGAUUUGUGCCUCAUAGUCCAGUAUACCAAUACUGCCCAUCACCAUAUAGACACGUGCCUCAUAGUCCAGUAAACCAAUACAGCUCAUCACCACAUAGACAUGUGCCGCAUAGUCCAGUAAACCAAUACAGCCCAUCACCAAAUAGAUAUGAGCCGCGUAGUCCAGGUCCAGAAAUCAAAGAAUCAAAAGCUGAUAUGCAGUAAAGUGUAAAUACAAAGUGCUUAAUUCAUUUUUUUUGAAUAUACACAAGACUGGGAGAUUGUUAAAACCAGCUGAGGAAGAAUACGUGCAAGCACAAAUAUUAUAUGGUUUUGAGUGUAACGUAGAGCUCGACUAUGUAAAUAUCACAAUUGUUUUUUGCUGUCGAGUUAUUGUUCUUAAUAGAUACAUAGAUAUUUCUUUUGUC